GUCCCGAACGAGCUCCAUCAUGUGUGGCCACUAAAUGAGCGGUCCUGCCGGGGAGUACAGACCGUUAUUUAUUGUCUUCGUUCGCGUGAAUGAGAAUUUUCAGAAUCCCUGAGUUGAAAGACAAAGCCGAUGAUGGGUUUAUCGCUCCGGUGAAAGCGGGCGCCAAAGAGAUUUAAUGCGCCUCUGAAUGCUUUAAGCCCGUCACUGGCGGCGGGUGCAAAACGGGAUAUAUUGGCGUCUCCUCCUCGGUUACCCCAGCCCCUGUGAGGUUUCCCCUGGGCGCUUUAACCCAGCCAUGGCUCUGGUGACUCUGCAGCGCUCCCCUACACCCAGCGCCGCAUCCUCAGCCAGCACCAACGCGGGGGAGGAUGUAGGCAGUGAUGAUGAUCGAAAAGCAAACCUGAGCUUGAGUGAAAGUUUCUUCAUGGUAAAGGGGGCAGCUUUGUUUUUACAACAAGGCAGCAGUCCACAAGGGCCCAGAACACCCACCCAUCACAAAAACGCAGGUGAUCUUCCACAGCACCUACAAGUAAUGAUAAACACCCUUCGCUCUGAAGACAGACUCACAUUGGCUGUUAGUCUAGAAAGUGGAUGGACAGAUCAUGUGCGGUACAUGGUGGUUGUCUACACAAAUGGGCGUGAGGACACUGAAGAGAACAUACUGCUGGGGAUGGACUUCACAGAUAAGGACAGUAAAAGCUGCUCUAUUGGGAUGACCCUUCCGCUGUGGAGUGAUACCAAGAUCCACUUGGAUGGAGAUGGAGGUUUCAGUGUGAGCACAGCUGGAAGACUGCAUAUCUUUAAGCCUGUGUCAGUCCAGGCCAUGUGGUCUGCCCUCCAGGUAUUACACAAAGCAUGCGAGGUGUCCCGUAGGUACAACUAUUUUCCAGGGGGAAUGGCCCUCACCUGGGCUGGCUAUUAUGAGAGCUGCAUCUCCUCAGAGCAGAGCUGUAUCAAUGAGUGGAAUGCCAUGACAGAUCUGGAGACCACCAGGCCUGACUCCCCAGUCAUGUUUUCUGAUCAGCCAACUGAGAGAGAGAGAACAGAGUGUAUGAUCAAAGCCAAACUCCGAAACAUAAUGAUGUUUCAGGACCUGGAAAAUAUUACUUCCAAGGAGAUCCGAAAUGAACUGGAACAACACAUGAGCUGCAACCUGAGGGAGUAUAAAGAGUUUAUUGACAAUGAGAUGCUGCUUAUCCUUGGCCAGAUGGACAAGGCUACACUAAUAUUUGACCAUCUGUACCUGGGUUCAGAAUGGAAUGCAUCCAAUUUGGAAGAGCUCCAAGACUCUGGGGUUGGGUAUAUCCUCAAUGUCACAAGAGAGAUUGACAACUUUUUCCCAGGUACCUUUUGUUAUUAUAACGUCCGUGUUUAUGAUGAUGAGACUACAGAUCUCCUGGCCCACUGGAACGAAACAUACAACUUCAUAGUUAAAGCCAAGAAAAACAACUCUAAAUGCCUAGUCCAUUGCAAGAUGGGAGUGAGUCGCUCAGCAUCCACUGUAAUUGCUUAUGCUAUGAAGGAGUGUGGAUGGUCGCUUGAGAAGGCAUACAAUUUUGUCAAACAGAAGAGGAGUAUAGCACAACCCAAUCCAGCUUUCAUGAAACAACUGGCUGAGUACGAGGGGAUUUUAGAUGCCAGCAAGCAGCGACACAACAAACUCUGGCAACCAGACAGUGAUGAGUACUCAUUGGAGGGUCUCCAGGCUUCAGCUGCCAGUGGUGACCAGACUCCAUUUUCCUCACUUCGCCCUGAUCAGGAGGCAGUGGCAUGGGGCCAAGGAGGAGCAAGUUCUUCCCUCUGCUGUGGAGACGAGCCAACAGACCAUCUCAAUUACAACUACUACUUCCGCCGACUCUCAGACACCGCUCUGGACAGUGAACCAUCAACGCCAGUUCGAGGUCCUCCACUUUUAGGCAUGGAGCGAGUCUUCAUUGAGAUUGAAGAUGUUGAGAGGGAUGCAUUGUUGGAUGAUGAGGGCUUCCCCAUGGCUCACUUGGCCCUACCUGGGGAGGGCACAGCAGCCCAGACCUGCAGCCGGUUGGAGCCUUUGGAGGACUUGCGUUUGCGGCUGGAAUUUAGCACUGUGGUGGAGGAGGAUGAGGAGGAAGCACAAAAGGAGGAAGCAGAGAUGGCAGCCUUAGCUCGCGGCGAGGAGAUGCCGAGGGAUGACGAACGCCUGGCUAACUUGAACCACUUUAACAACGAGAACGCCAACAACAGCAACAGGCUGGCUGGGAAACGCAGCUGCCCUUCCGGCUUUGACGACAGUGCUAGCAUUGGAAACCCCUUCAAAGUGAAGCCCUCAUAUCAGUCGUGCCGAGACUGCCUGCGCCUGCCCAGUGGCCGCCGCUGUGAACGUCGCAAUCAUCGCCUUAACCUGCCACGUCACACUGGCCUGCCCAGAAUCUCCAUCCAGGCCCCUGGGGGAAACCAAUUUAGUACCAUUGCCAUCAAUAAGGUGCCUCCCACUGUACCUCGCCAUCACAUAUGCAGCGGACACUGCCAGUGCACUUGUUACUCCGGUGCUCCUGAAGUGAUGAGCUCGGACGCUUACCACAAGCUACUGGCUUUGCCUAAGAGCUGCAAUGAUCUUCCUCAGGAUUUGCAUUAUUCCUUGGAGACUGAGGACGUGGAUGACAGGCACAAAAUGGAGGGGGGAGAGGAGAGAAGUAAGGAAAGCUCCAGCAGUCCUACUACAGAGCUUACUCUCCUGAGGCUCUGUGUGGGUGGUGAGAGGCCUACUGCGGGGCUCAGCCAGGGGACAUACCUGGAGACACAGAUCCCUCAGUCAGAACAGAUGAACUUGAGUGUAGAGGACACUGCCACCGAGGACAUGGAAGUGGAUGAUGGGACUGUCCCUAUGGAUUCUGCCUCUGUUAAAUGCCCCACACUACAGCAAAAUUUCACACCAGCCUCCUCACCGCAAAGCUCUGAACUGACACGCAGCUCCAGCAGCGAAAGCCUGCAGAGCAUACAGGGAGGGCAGCCAGGCAUGGUACGUAAGCGAGCUCUAGAGAUUGAAAGCCGUUUGCGGCUUGCAGGUAUAACCAUGCCCUCCCAAUUCAAACGGUCAAAUUCACUGGCUAAGCUCUGUGAUUUGGCCAUCUCCACCGAGGACAUCACACUUGCUGCCACAGUCUCCAUUGACUACAGUGAGCAAGACUCUGCUAUUGCCAUGCAAUCCUCUUGCUCUCCCAAGUUCUCUUUAAUUGUGUUGCAAAAUUUAAAAAGCUGACUUCUCAAAGAUGUCAGAACUGCUUUCUCAGUGAAUGGUACAGCUCCACGACAAACCGACAAAGUCCUGCAAUGGAGCCUGUUGCUGCAAGACACCUCAUGAGAACAAUCAAGCCAGAGUUGGACCUCCUUCCAACAGCCCUUAACAUAACUGCACUGCAUUUCUCAUGUUUGUCUGUGCUUUAAUUAAGAUGUAUAUUAAAGAAGCAUGCUCUGGCUUGGACCUUCAUUAACGACUUUGUUGAUAACACUUUGCUUUGUCUUGCUAAAUGAAGCGCUACUGAUUAAGGUUUUAAUAUACAUGUGACCCAUCUGUAGGUGGUGUAAUGCAGACCCAACAAAACCGUAAAUAUACAGGCUGAGUGCAACGAUUUUCCUACAAUCCUUAAAGAAUUUGUGUAGGACUAUUGUUAAAAUAUUCUGUUGAUCUGCAUAAUUUAAUCUUACUAUUUUAAGUUACUUAAAAGGAAUAUUCUGUGUUCAAAUCAAGUUAAGCUCAGUCAACAGUAUUUAUGGCAAAAUGUUGAUAAAUCGCUUACUAACCUUUUCUGUGUAAUGUUUUAUACAAUUUUACAACUUUGUUGCCAUGACGCAAAGCCGUAAACCCUGAAAAACGUAAAACGAUAGUUUAAAAACAAUAACACACAAGUUUUAACAGAAGAAUUCAUGUAAGUGCUUAUAUAAAAUUGAAACCCUUCAAAA